AUGGCAAAUACUAAAAUCAUUCUAAUAUGGUGCUGGUGGUUACUAGUACUUAUUCAAAGUAUUUGUUCAAAUUUAAGACAAGUUCAAUUUAUGUCUUUCUGUAAUCAAACAAUAAAUAUAUCAUCUCCAUUAUCAAUCCUUUUCACACCAACUUCUUUAUCUUACACAAUAUGUUGUAAUAUAACACUUGAUAAAUCAUAUUUAUCUAAUAGUUCAGAACAAAUAAUAAUUAAUAUUCAUAAUAUGUCAGAAAUAAGUUCAUCAUUUCAAAUAUUUAAUAAACAAAUGCAAUCAAUAGAAUUAUUUAAUUAUUUAUCAUUAAACCAUACAUUUAUUAAAACAGAUAUUAUUGAUUUACCUCUUAUAUUUAGUUUAUGUCAUUUUGAUAUACAAUCAUUUGAAAUUUUAAUAACAAAUAUAUCAAAAGGUCCAUGUAUAUUAAAUCAAUAUCGUUGUUUCAUAAGUAAUCAAGAUCAAUGGUGCAUAGAUGACAUUUUUCAUUGUGAUGGUUAUCAUUCAUGUCCACGAGGCAUAGAUGAAUUGGGUUGUCCAAAAUCAAUGUCACGAGUAACUUUGCCAAAAAUGAAACGAACUAUUCGUGGUGGUGUUGUAACAACAAUAAUUAUACUUGGACUUUUAUUAAUUAUUAGUUCUGUCAGUAUAGCAGUUGCAUUUGUUUAUUUCCAACGAAAACGUCAAAGACGAAGACAAUUUACUUAUUCACUUGAAUCAACUAGUGAUGAUUGGGAACCAUCAGGUACUGGUUAUCAUUUAUUUGAUAAUUGGACAAAUAAUCGACGUAGUACAGGAAAUAAUAUGAAUAAUAUUAUUAUUGAUUCGAAUGAACAUAUGCCUAUAACAACAACUAUAACGAAUCGGUGA